CCAACUGUUUGUGUAAUAAAUUAGAAGUGUUCUCAGCUGAAGUAUGAUUCAUCUAUAUAAUGGCCGUGCUGCUUCAAGGACUCAGUCUCUUGGGAGAGAGAGACCAUUACGGGUGCAGUGGUAGUGAAUAGAUUGUGAAGGCAUCUGUUGUGGAAACGAAAUGGACAAGAAAGUUCUUGAAGUAGUUUUGAAGAAGUUGGACAGGGAGUCUAGGGUCGCCUCUAUCAUAGAUCUCCAGUCGGUACCAGCUUUACCCAAAGGAGAGAACUACACAUCGAUCAUCUUGAGAGUAACAUUGAAAGUAGUCUUGGGAAAUGGAAGGUUGGCUAAGAAGUCCUUCAUCAUGAAGCAGAUGAUCACUGAAGGAACGGGAGGAGAAUUCAUGAAAGAGCAGAAUGUAGCCAAACACGAAAGCCAGAUAUAUUCUGUUGUACACAAGGAAAUGACUUAUCUAAUGGAAGAGUUCGAAGACACCGAUGAUCCUCUUUGGUGUAACUUCGUUCACUAUGAUCCACGCUUAUCUUAUAUCCUUCUAGAAGACCUGAAUGCAAGUGGUUACAGUGUGGUUCCUAGACAGAAAGGUUUGGAUUUAGACCACGCCAUCCUCGCUCUCAGAGGUUUGGGGAGGUACCACGGAAUGGCUAAGGUUCUCGAAGAGAGAGGAGUCAUUUCCAAAGACACUUAUAAGCCUAGUCAAUUUUUCAGUGACACAAAUAUUAUCAAAGCGUUACCUUACGCAGGUAUUUUGAAUGUUGCUAAGGCUCUUCAGGAGAGCUGGGGACCUGAAUGGGUAGAAACUGGAAAGAAACUGAUGGUACCAUUUGAUCCAUUUGCUGAAAAGUGGUCCAAAGCAGAAAAGGUUUAUACUGAGACAAAGUUUACAGUUCUCAUCCAUGGCGAUUGUUGGUCAAACAAUAUGAUGUUCAAAUACGACUUUCAGAAGCGACCAAUAGGAGUGAAAUUCUUGGACUACCAAAUACCCCAAUAUAACACCCCAUGCAUGGAUGUUACCAAUUUCCUUUACCUCGGUAUCCAGCCAUCAGUACGUCGAAACAACUACGAACUCCUGCUGAAGACCUACCACGAUUCCUUAGUCAGAACUUUAGAAAAGUUUGGAUUCACUGGUGCCAAACCAACUCUUGAAGAAAUAACUGAUACAAUGAACCUACUCGAGUUCUUCGGAAUGGUGCUUUUUGUCUCCAUAUACCCUGCUCUGAUUUGUUCAUCGACAGAAGGUUUCGACUUAGAGAAGAUCUUUUCAAAUGAUGAAGAAGGAGGUUUGAACAAAGACAUUUUAACUGAGCCUGGAAUGGUUGAAAAAUUAGGGCCUGAUAUUAUUGAUUUUGUUGAGAGGUUCGUCCCUACUCUGAAUUAAAAUUUUUAAAUUUGUAUAGGGUUCUUGCAUUAAAACAAAUAAAUAUUGAAUUGAAUUGAAUACAAACAAAAAAAUAGUCUGGAAUGAUUGUAUAUUUAGAGCCAAAUAUAAUAUUUGUUCUCUUAUACUUUCCUAUUCAACAAAUAUUUCAGACAUUCGUCAAUGAAAGAGAAAAACAAUUGUGUGUAUAGGUGUAUUUAUAUUUAUAUGUGAAUAAGUAAUUUAUAAGAAAAGUGUACUGUAAUACACUAAUGAGAUAUCUACCUCUAACUAAUAAAAAUUGUUGAAGUAUUUAUUAGUAUUUUCUUCGUUAAAAGCACACAAAAAAAUGUUUGAAAAAAAAACUUAUUGAACAACCAUAAGUGAAUCUGUUUAAAAAAAAAAAUUUAGAAAACCACAUUUAAAUAAUUCAUUACAGCAGUUAAUAAGAUCUAAAGUGAAUAUUUUUUUGAAGUUUGUAAGAAAAUGUAAUGUAUAAUAAUAUUAAGUAUUAGAAUAAUUGUACAAAUAAAUAUUUAUUCAAAUAAAAUUAUUAUUUUUUUCAUAUUAAU